CCCCGACUGUCACCCAAUGUCAACUGGGAUUGGCUCCAGCCCAUCUUUUCUCGGUUCACGGUAAAUCAUAGUUAAGAGAUUUAGGUCUCAAUUUCAUUUUUUUUUAUUUUAGUAUUAGGUAUCAAAAUGUCAAAUUUGGUUGUUUAUGUUGUUAAUAUAAUCAGGAUUGUUAUGGUAACAAUGGAUAAGUCAUUAUUUCACAUACAGUACACGGUCGAACGCACUGCAGUAGGAACUAAUAUGCGUCCGGAACCAUGUACGCUGAGUGCACGGUUCAGUGGGAACGCCGCGGGUGAUGCAAACAGGGAGAACGUAAACACAUCAUUCAAACCAGCUGUAGACGGAAAACAGAGACACUAUUCCAUCAGUUUCUCAAUAUGUUUUUGUAGAUAUCAACUGCUUGUCCUUAUAGCACGAUGUAUUUUAGCGCUGGACAGUAGUUCAGACCGGACUUCUCCGUUUGAAAAUGAUCAUUCCCUGGAUCUACACGCCGGUGCGGGGCAUCCUGGCCAUCUGGCAGCAGCUGACCAAAACCCUGGAAAAGAAGAAUGGGAGUUUAGUUUCAGAAAUUCUACGUAGCAAAAUCCCAGAGAUGGCCAACUGCUCUGUGCUGAUGAGGGAGCACAGCCGAGUGGAGGAGACCAUCCAGGCCAUGCAGCAAGCAGGUGCAGGCAGCCUGCAGGUAAUCUCAGACUUUGACAUGACGCUGACCAGAUUCGCUCACAACGGCAAGAGAGUGCCCUCGACCCACAACAUCCUGAACAACCGGUUAUUGGUUAAUGAAGACUGCACUAAAAAGAUAAAGAAGCUGCUGAACACCUACUACCCCAUAGAGAUUGAUGCAAGACGGAGUGUUGAAGAGAAGGUGCCUCUCAUGGUGGAGUGGUGGAUCAAAGUUCAUGAGCUGCUGAUUCAGCAGAGGAUCAGAAAGGACUUGCUCUCCCAGGCUGUCAAGGAAUCCAGCACUAUGCUUAGGGACGGCUACAAAGUGUUUUUCGAUCGUCUUGUCGAGCAGAGGGUCCCUAUGCUGAUCCUCUCGGCCGGUGUCGGAGACGUGCUGGAGGAGGUGAUCCGACAGAACCACGUGUUCCAUCCCAACAUCCACAUCAUCUCCAACUACAUGGACUUUGACCAAACUGGCGUCCUGCAAGCCUUCAAAGGCGAACUGAUCCACAUCUUCAACAAGGGAGAAGGGGCUCUGUCACACGCCGCUGGCCUCAGGGAGCUGCAGGGCCGACCCAACGUACUGCUGCUGGGGGACUCUCUCGGAGACUUGGCCAUGGCCGGCGGCGUGUCCGAGCCCCAGAACGUCCUGACCGUCGGCUUCCUGAAUGACCAGGUGGACGAGAGGAAAGAGUCGUACAUCAACUCCUUCGACAUUGUGCUGGUGAAAGACGAGACGAUGGACGUUCCGAACGGCAUCCUCAGAGCCGGACGCCUGUUGCUUCCCCGCGGCUUGACUCGUUGGCACAGCUGGACGCAGCUGCAGGCGGCAGCAGGGCGGUUCCGCCCAUCCUGCCUCUCGAGCCGUAAAGCGGCCGCGGACCCCAAAGAGUCCAAGUAUGCCGUGAAGUUCGGGACAGGAUCACUUCUUAACUACAGCAGAACUACAGGAACCCGUGCGGAACAAAUUGACAGAAACAAAGGACGCUGCAACAAUACAGAUGAAAUCAGAACCCGCCAGAGGAGUAAGAACAUCCUGCAGAACUAUAGGACUUCCACACUGAAUGUGACCCGGUGCCAAAAUACCUGUGAUGAGACCAACCACCACGAUGAGAUCACAAGUGGUGUAACCUGAGCUUUCAGCCAAGUCUGUCCUUGAGUGUUUUCAGAUUUUAUAUUACUGUGUUUAGGGAAUAAAGUGUGAUUCGAUAAAUCAUGAAUUUCUUUUGUAUAAUUUUCACUUCUCCUACUUCACUUCAGUGAGGAAAGUAAAUUUGAAUACACUUGAUUUCCCCGUGUGAAAGACUUCAACUCAAAAUGUUGACAUAUUCCUCUAGAGCCACUGUAGGUUUACUGGCAGUGUAACAUGGAUCAUCUUCUCUGGCGUCUGUGCCGUUGCUGCAGUUCUUUAUCGUUCCUGGUGAAACAAAAAACUUCUCAAGCAGUCUUUGUAUUAAAAAAAAAACUAAAAA